AUGGCUGCUGGGCUGGCUGGCUCUCUGCUGCUCCUCGCGCUGGCGGCGCACGGGCCGGGACCCACGUGUACUGUCAAGAUGAAGGUGGUGGAAGAGCCUAACACGUUCGGGCUUAACAACCCGUUCCUGCCGCAGACCAGUCGGCUCCAGCCCAAGAGGGAUCCCUCACCUGUGUCUGGGCCCAGCCACCUGCUCAGACUCUCUGGCACAUGCUUCAGCCUCGUGGAGUCCACGUACAAGUACGAGUUCUGUCCCUUCCACAAUGUUACCCAGCAUGAGCAGACCUUCCGUUGGAACGCCUACAGUGGGAUCCUGGGCAUCUGGCACGAGUGGGAGAUAGUCAAUUCCACCUUUACGGGCAUGUGGAUGCGUGAUGGAGACUCGUGCGGCCCCCGGAGCCGGCAGACCAAGGUGGAGCUCACUUGUGGGAAGAGCAACAGACUGGCCCAGGUGUCGGAGCCCAGCACCUGCGUAUACUCACUGACGUUUGAGACUCCGCUCGUCUGCCACCCCCAUGCCAUGCUAGUGUACCCGGUCCUGCCUGUGGCCCUACAACAACGGUGGGAUCAGGUAGAGCAGGACCUGGCAGAUGAACUCAUCACGGCCCAGGGCCACGUGAAGCGGCUGCAGACACUCUUUGAGGAGGCUGGCUACUUGAGGGCCCCAGAGGACAGUGACCCCACUCGGCAGGAAGGGGUUUCACGGGGUCCUGUGUUCGAGACCCUGGAGAGCUGCAGUCAGGCACAUAGAGAGCUGGCCAAGGAGGUGACCAGGCUCCAGGGGCUGCUGGCUCAGCGUGGCCUCACCCAGGGGGCAGGGGCCUCCCUGCACGUCCUACCUGCUGCUGGGGCUGCUCCGCGACCUCAGGCCGGUACUUCCGCAGGGACCCCCCCGCAGCUGCGUGGUGAUCUGGACCUGCACAGGAACACACUGUGA